UGGAGGAGGGCAAGCGGCGCCGCUGCUAAAGGGGGGCGACCGGGGGGGGGGGCGAAGCGAAGGAGACGCGGAACCAUGCCCCCCUCGUGAAGAGUCUCUGUUUUGGGGUACUUGAAGGCUGGCCCAUAUGGCUGUGUAUGAUGAAGACCUCCUGAAGAAUCCUUUUUAUCUAGCUCUUCAGAAACGACGUCCUGAUCUCUGCAGGAAAGUGGCUGAAGUGCAUGGAAUUGUCCUGGUUCCAUGCAGAGGAAGCCUUUCAAGCAGCAUUCUCUCAUCUUGCCAGUUUGACUCUUAUGUUCUCCAACCAGCAGAAGAGAACUUCCAGACUUUGAAUGGAAAGGAAAUCUCCAUACAAGGAAAUCUGGUUGUACUGGGGACUGGCUUUAAUCAUCGUAGCUCAGUACCUGUUCUCUUUGAGGAAACUUUCUACAAUGAGCGAGAGGAGAGUUUCAGUAUCCUAUGCAUAGCUCAUUCUCUAGAGAAAAAUGAAACUGUAGAAGAGUCCUUGACGCCAUCGAAUUCCUAUUCCCUGAAAACUACUGAAGAUGUGAAGGAGUUCUUGGGAAAGCACGCUGAGAAGUUUGACAAAGCGAUUGCAUCUUUCCACAGGACCUUCAAGGAGCAUGACAGGAAAAGUCUGCGGCACUACAUAGAUUCUGUAAAUGCACUGUACACCAAAUGCAUCCAGCAGUUACUGAGAGACUCCCACCAUAGGAUGCUUGCGAAGCAGGAACAUCAAAUGAAUCUGAUGAAACAAGCUGUAGAGAUGUAUGUCCACCAUUCUCUUUAUGAUCUGAUCUUUAAAUACGUGGGAACCAUUGAGGCAAGCGAGGAUGCGGCUUUCAACAAAAUCACAAGAAGUCUGCAGGAUCUGCAGCAGAAAGAUCUUGGCGUCAAGCCUGAAUUCAGCUUCAACAUACCACGUGCCAAGCGAGAACUGGGCCAGCUGAAUAAGUGUACCUCUCCUCAACAGAAGCUCCUCUGUCUGCGAAAAGUGGUGCAGAUCAUAAUGCAGUCUCCAAGUCAAAGAGUUAACAUGGAGACCAUGUGCGCUGAUGACCUCCUCUCGGUCUUGCUGUAUUUGCUUGGCUCUGAAGGGUUUAGCGAGAAGCUGUUCUUAAGACAAAGAAUGAAUUUGCUCUCUCAGAUGUCCACAACGCCAAUAGACUGCUUGUUUCAGCACGUUGCUUCGGGCAACCAGGAUGAAGUCGAGCGCUUACUGAGCCAAGGGGACAGCGAUAAGGACACCGUGCAAAAAAUGUGCCACCCGCUCUGUUUUUGUGACAAAUGUGAAAAACUGGUUUCUGGGAAGCUGAAUGAUCCGUCCAUUGUCACACCUUUUUCUAGAGAUGACCGGGGAUUCACUCCACUCCAUAUAGCUGCUAUAUGUGGGCAAGCCUCGUUAAUUGACUUGUUAGUCUCCAAAGGAGCCGUCGUCAAUGCUACAGAUUACCACGGAUCAACCCCGCUUCACCUUGCCUGCCAGAAAGGGUAUCAGAAUGUUACUCUCCUUUUGCUGCACUACAAGGGCAGCACAGAAAUUCAAGACAACAACGGCAACACGGCGCUGCAUUUAGCUUGUACUUAUGGCCACGAGGAUUGUGUCAAGGCUUUAGUGUACUACGACGUCCACUCUUGUAAAUUAGAUAUUGGUAAUGAAAAAGGAGACACCCCCCUCCAUAUAGCUGCUCGCUGGGGCUACCAAGGGAUCAUAGAAGUGCUAUUGCAAAACGGAGCCAACCCGGAUAUUCAAAACCGAAUGAAAGAGACCGCUGUGCAGUGUGCAUUAAAUUCUACGAUUCUGUCUUUAAUGGAGCUGAACUACCUGAGGUUCGAAAGGAGGCAGAGUGCUUCUCAGUCACUCACCAGAUCAGAGGACACAGCCAGCCAAGUGUCAUCUGGAUCCAGUUUAUCUUCGUCCGCCACGGCACCCAUCGCUAGACGAGAUGGAACAAAAGCUUAUUAUAAAGAGGUAGAGAAACUCCUAAGAGCAGUCGCUGAUGGAGACCUUGAAAUGGUGCGUUAUCUUUUGGAAUGGGUGGAGGAUGACUUAGAAGAAUCUGAGGAGGCCGGUGGUGUGGAGAAACAGGAAUUCUGUCAUCCCUUGUGCCAGUGUUCCAGAUGUGGGCCUGUGCAAAAGGAACUCUUCAGGGUGCCCACGAACGGCCUCGGUGUGAACGCCGCAAACCACGACGGCUUGACACCGCUGCACGUGGCUGCCCUCCACGGGCGUGCGGACUUGGUAGUGACGUGCCUGAUAGAGUCUGAUGCUAAACAGAAUAAAAAGGACAUCCAUGGAAACACUCCCUUAAUUUAUGCCUGCUUGAACGGCGAUCAAGAGAUAGCAGACUUUUUGUUACAGCAUGGGGCAUCAGUGAACCUUUCCAAUAACGAGGGCAACACAGCCCUCCACAAAGCUGUGAUGGGAAGCCACGAAGCUCUGGUGCGGCUGCUCCUGCAGUACCAAGCAUCAACUCGCAUCAGGAACAACCGACAGCGGACUCCUCUCGACUAUGCUGAACAGAAUUCAGGUAUCUUCAAACUCUUACAAGCCGUAUCGGUGUCGGAAGAGGGAAGUCUGGUAGACUGUGACACUCACACAGCUGUGAAGAUCCAGAAAAAAGGCGGCCAUACGCCUGCUGAGACAGUGGACAGUCUCGUCGCCCGGCGACUUCAGCUGGUCCAGUCAAUCAGCCAGUUUAACAAAUCGAAAUAUUUGCGGAAAACCAUAACGCGAGAUAAAAGCGUCCCUAACUUUGAUGACAAGUUGAUGCACCAGUUAGCCAUUAAGAGCUUUGAUAAGAGUAAACUAAAACCAGUGGACCUUUUGAAACAAAGUAGAGCUGAAAUCCUUGAUGCUGGCAGCCAAAAUAAACCGGCAAGAGAGGAAGAUGACUCUGACGCGGCAGCUACGCCACCUCUUAGAAGUAAGCUCAUGCAACGGAGACACACUGUCAACGUGGACCUUUCGGCCACAGAUGUUGACAGCAUCUCUGAUGUACCCACCUCCAGAGAGCCAAGCGUUUCCUCGCUAGAAGGCUGCUCCAAUGACGAGGAGCUGACAUCAAGACACUGACGAGGGAAGCAAGUGGGUUGCUGGACACUGGAAGAACCAGUCAGUUUGACGUCCUUCACGUUUCAGAGGAUGCUUAUAAACUUCAAAACUGGAACAGAAGUCCCUGUUUUCAGCAAGAAAAUGAGAAUCUCUUUCUUCUCUGUUCCACCAACUUUUAGAGAGAGGAUCCCCAAAAUCCAAUCUGGGUGAUACAUCUUCAGUUGAAACCGAGAGUUAGGUAUUUCUGUAUUCUUACACUUGAAAUCGGUUACAAUGGACAGGGGAAGAGUUCUAUGGGACUUCCAAAAAUUCUAAUUUGAAAAGGCACCAAUACGUUCUGUUUCUUGUUUUAGCUUUUGUGCCGCUGGAUUAUACCAGCUUGCCUGAAGGAACUGAUGUACUUGAAUAUUAGGAAGAUCUGUAGGUAUCUCACAUGCCAGGAAUGAUUGCACAGUUCUUUGGUAGGUCUCGCUGAUUUCAGUGGAAGGUGGUCCAUACAUUAUUAGCAAGGGUAGAACACAGGAGCUUGAAAGUAACCACUUUUAAUAAAGGUAAAUUCUGUCUUAAAAAGCAUGGGAGUUGGAACAGGAAUAUGCUUUUAUUGUGCUAAGCACAGACACCAAUGAACAGAUUCUUAAAUGCUCAUUCAGAGGCUACAGCCUGAUUUUGUUUAAAAUGGCAAAUAUUAAGUACAUGGGAAUGUAAUCCUAUUAAAUUAUAUGAGUUUACUCGAAGGGAGUACCUUUGUCAUUUGGGAUUUUACAGAAGUAGUUCAGCUGGCCUUACUUUACACUCCCAGAAAUGUGUCAGCUUUAGUAAACAUUCCAUUCAAAAGAACAAAACAAAAAAUGUCCAAAGUUGAAUGGUAACUUGAACAGCACAAUAACUUUGCUCAAUUCACAUUUUGUUUGUAUGUAAUAUUUAUAUACAGUGUUUUUUUGGUUUUGUUUUAAUGUGAUCUAUAACCUGUUUUGGGUAAUGUAAAUGGCUUGCGAUUAUUUCUCUGUACAGAGUUUCAAGGGUAGGCUGCUGAAAGCUAGAGCUCUAGUACAUUCCAGAAGGAAAACAAGUAUAUUUUUCUACUUUGUGCUUUGAGUUCCUCUAAUUUUCUUAUGUGCCUUGGGACUUGUGCCAAAUGAUGGAAGAGAGAGAAAUAGUAAAUUAACAAAUCUACAUCCUUUCACAGUGUGGAACUUUUAUUUGCAUUGUGUCAGUUUUCAUUGUCUUCUAAAGGUACUUCUCUCAUGUUUGGGUGCCUCCCUUGUGAAUAUCAAAGUACCUUUUGGGAAACCCAGGAUACCUUCAGCAACAUGGAAACCUAGUUUAUGAAGACAUGCAUAAUUCUGUAUUGUUUCUGGGAGAAGGAUGUAAAGAACAUGCCUGCCUUUCUUGCAUUGUGAAUUGCAUUAUGGAUCACACAUAAGUGUGAAUCUGCACACAUUGAACUGGGA